UUUUAAUAUUUUGGCCUAACUGAGGAGGGUUUUCUGUAAUUAUGCCAUUGUACAAUAUAGAGAAGAUUCAUCGGAAGCCAGCGGCGAAGCAGCAGGUGAAACGCGUUGACGAUAAAGGAAGGCGUUUGGGAAAGCGCCAAUCAAUCAGCAAACUGUAGCCGAAAAAGUUUGCUAUUUUUGGUGAAAUCUGGACUAAAAUGGCUUACAGAAGGAGACAGCCAGGCUUAUCCGAUGAAGAUGAUGUUGACAGCAGCUCAAGUUCCAAUUUUUUAGCUGCAAAAGCCAUUAAGGCUUCUUCGGCAACUAGGGAUUCUUCUCUUUCCUCUGCUUACUCUUCUCCACUUUCGAAACCUAACCCCUCUUCUUCAUCCCAAUCUCAAUCGAAGGAUCCUGGCUCCUAUAACUACACAUCAAUGAAGAGUUUAAACGAAUCCAAAUCUGGGUUUUGGGGCAAUCUCGCUAGGAAAGCUAAAGCGAUCUUGGACGAUCAACCGUCUCAGGACUUGGCUGCUACUGAGACAACUCCCAAGUACCAUAAUACAUAUGACUCAGGAGAGACACAUAGAAAACCGGAGAGUCCUGGAUUACAGAAGGGACUUAAUGCGAUCACGUCUUCUUUAAAUUAUAUUGGAAAUGCUGUUGAGGAGGGCAUUUCAAUUGUGGAGAACCGAACUGCUGGCAUCAUUCAAGAAACUCGUAAACACAUUAAGAAAAAGCCUGGCAAUUAUCUGGCACAGAAACAGGCAACUAAACAACCACAUGUACAGGCCCAAGCCCAAACUCCAACAGAAACCGAUCAAGAACUUCAAUUGAAGGCAUCUCGCGACGUUGCUAUGGCAAUGGCUGCCAAGGCAAAGCUUCUUCUUCGAGAGUUGAAAACUGUCAAAGCAGAUCUGGCUUUUGCUAAAGAGCGAUGUGCUCAGCUGGAGGAACAAAAUAAAGUUCUUCUGGAGAGUCGUGAAAGGGGAAACAGUUCAGAAGAUGAUGAUUUGAUUCGGCUUCAACUUGAAACACUUUUGGCUGAGAAGGCUCGAUUGGCACAUGAGAACUCAGUCUAUGCACGUGAGAAUCGCUUCCUAAGGGAGGUUGUCGAGUAUCACCAGCUUACCAUGCAGGAUGUUGUAUACUUGGAUGAGGGCACCGAAGAAGUCACUGAAGUUUACCCCAUAAAGGUAGUGUCAAAUACACAUGCUGCGGUGGCCACACCUCUGUUCCCGCCCUCUCCAGUGCCCCCUGAGGGCUCCAUUGAUACAAGCUUUCCGAUGAGUCGGGAUGUUUUGCCUUGCCCUCCUCCAUUAUCAGAGCAAAGAGCUGCUGCACCAAGCUCCUCCUCUCAAUGAUAGGAAAUGUAGGAAGUCACUCUGUUUGAGUGGUAUUUACCUUGUACUGCUCUAUUUUGAAAUUCCAUUAGUCUGAAAUUAUAACUGCAUCUUAUAUUCCUGCUCUUUGAUUUUAGUUUUAAUUGUUAGAGGUUAAUGUUCCCCUUAUUGGGCUAUAUUGAUAAUUCAUCUUUGAUUAUGUAUAAAAACCCUGUUGAUUACUUCUUUUUCAAA